UGGGGAAUACCCUAUACUCUGUGGCAUUCUGCACAAGUACAUUCGUGCAAGUGACAAGUCACUCAUAAUUGGAUGCGGAAGUUGUCAGCUGAGUGAAAAUCUGUAUGAUGUUGGCUACCACCAACUAACAAACAUUGAUGAUGCAGAGAGUGUUGUCAAGCAAAAGACUAUGAAAAAUGCCAAGAAAAGACCGGAGCUGAAGUUUGAACAGAUGGAUGCAACUCAGAUGACGUACGAGGAUUGCUCCUUCUCUGUGGUGCUUGACAGGGGUAAUCUUGAUGCCCGGAUGAAAGAGAAGAAGGAAGAAGCUGAAGUGUUGGUUGAUAAGAUGUUUGGAGAGAUCGGCCGUGUUCUCAAAGUCGGAGGACGCUACAUUUGCAUCACAAUAGCUCUUGAGAAUCUCAUUAGCAAACUUCUGAGCUAUUUCUCAUCUGAAGGUUGGAUGGUAAGGGUUCACAAGAUAGACUCUCCAAACAAAGAUGACAGGUCUGAAUCAAGAUCACCUUUGCCAAUUUUCAUCGUGGUAUCCACCAAAUUCAAGAAAAUGGCAGCUUUACAGAGUCCAAUCUUGGAGCUGAGUUUAUCAGAAGGAAGCAGUCCAGAGAGAGUAUCUUCGAUAGAGGAUAUCAUAAAAGCUAUCAGGAGCCAACAAGACUAUGCCAUGCUACAACAUAACUUAAAUAAGAGGUCCUUCUGCAAUGAAUCUGUGUCAUUAGAUCUAUACGCUCCAAACAAUAAGAAUCCUCGUUUCACUCUCUACAUAGUGGAUAAACCCAAGGGGAAAAUUCCAGCAAAUAAGUUUGCAAUCUUCAUUGUUCCACAAGGAAGAGAGACAGAAUACCUGUUUGGUACCGACAAAGGGAGAGGGCAGUUAGCCAAUCAAGCAGGUUUCCAACGUCUGGUUGUUGCUACACUCCAUCGAGGUCACACUUACCAGUCAGUAGACAGUAUCAAGUCAGAGCUCUCAUCAAGGGUGAUGGAGCUCGGACCAUCAGACCUUCCCUCUAAUACACAGGUUCCAUUCCUUAGCAUUGGUGAGGAUGUUGGUGAUAGAGAGGUCAUGUAUGAAGGAGACAGUUCCUAUGGCAACAAGGUCAUUGUUGAAGAUGUGAGAGGAGAGGAUGGAGGGAAGUAUCGUCAGAUUGUCUUUUCAUCAAACCAAAGCAACGUCCAAUCACAGGCCAGGCUUGUAACUGAAAAGUCAAGAUCAAAGAGCGGGAAGAAGAGAGGGAAAGAGGUGACGAGGGUCGACCAUCUUUAUCUUCCCAUGGAUUUUCAUCGUGCUAUGACAGCUGGACUAACACUCCUCCCCGGAUGUUUGGAUGUGAUCAGGACAAAGGCCAGGGUGCUCAUCAUAGGGCUAGGGGGCGGCGGUCUUCCAAUGUUCCUUUAUAAACAAUUCCCGAAGUUUGAGAUAGAUGUGGUGGAGCUGGACCCGAUGCUCAAAGAUAUAGCCAAGUCUUGGUUUGGUUUGAUUGAGGAUGAGAGACUUAGAAUCCACAUACAAGAUGGUCUCGAGUUCAUCAAGUCAUCUGCUGUGAAUGAUCCACCCAACCUGUACAAUGUAGUCAUGUUCGAUGUGGAUAGCAAGGAUUUUAGCGAAGGUCUUACCGCUCCUCCUAAGGCUUUCUUAGAAACGGCCGUCUUGGAGGCCGUCAAGAGAAUACUGCAUCCUACGCAAGGUAUAUUCAUUCUCAACUUCGCUUGCCGUGAUGACCUCCUCAAAGAAUCUGUCAUUUCUGACAUCCAAAAACACUUUCCAACCCUGUAUGCCAGUCAAUUAGAGGAUGAUAUCAACGAGAUUGUCCUCUGUCUUCCACAACGGGCAAGCGAGGGUGCUGACAAGCGGAAGGUGCAAUAUAGGGACGAUGCACGGGCUCUUCAGAAGUAUGCCAAGUCUGUGACAUCACGCUGGGAAUCUGACUUCGAUCUUUGUGAGAUUAUUGAUGACUUGCAGAUCAAGGAUGAAAGGUGACCCUUACUGCACUAUGUCUUUAAAGCAACCAAUAUGACGUUACUCAGGUGCAUAGAACAGUGCUGUGCUUUGUGUUGGUCCACAAGAUGAAGUUUAAAGGGGGUAUCCAAAGUAAAAAAUCAGCGUAUAGUUAGGGGAACUGUCGUUCCGUAGCAAAUCUCGCAGAUCGAACUACUUACUCAGUUUCUGCCCAAUGCUCAUGAGACUUGACACACACAUUGGUCUUGGACUGAAGAUGUGCAAGACACAUUUUCAAGUGCCAAGAAAUGCGUUGCCACAGUAAAGGCAUGGCUCGAGUCUUGACACACACAACUGGAUUUGGGGUGGAAACAUGCAAGGCACAUCAUUUGAGUGUCAGAAACUGUGUGCCAUGGUAAUAAAAUAUAGUGUGGACAUUUCCUAACAGACCAUCGUGAAAGGGUCAGAGUAUUUGAUGUCAUAUUCAGUGAGAUUUCUGAUUUUAUUUAUAAAGAGUAAAUUUAUAAGUAUGCUUGUUUUGGAGUGACUUUGAUUGAAUGAAAGGGUUAUACCUUGCAGUUGAAUUCAUAUCGAAGAGAAAAUCAAAGUUAAAGAUCAUUUAAAAGUUUUAUGGAGAUGGAAUGAAUGAUAAAGUUAUAGGCAUUUGAAUAUUGAGAUUCCUAAUGCUUUGUAGAUCCUCCCAUUAGCAAUGAGAACAAGAGAUGUGAUGUCAUACAUGCACAACUUCCCCAUUACUUUAGUACAUAUUUCUCAUUAAUUGUCUCUUUUAUCUAGUCUAUCGCAAGAUCAAGUGUACUCUUUUAUGAGUGGGCAGGUAAUAGAGGUUUCACAACAUAUCGAGGAUGAAUUGUAUGUCCUAUCUUUAGAAUAAGAAAAAGAGAGAUGUUUUGGGGGUAUAUUAUCAGGGUCCAAAAGGAGAUUUUUUUAAUAUAUGACAGCACAGAUCUUGUUCGCAUUGCUAAAAGGUGGAUAUCCAUAGCAUUAGUGAUCUUGAUAUUCAAAUGCUCAUAAUUUUCUUAUUGCUUGCCAAAUUUUACUCAAACUUUUGUUGAUUUUAUUUAUUGAUUUUUCUGCUUUCAUAAAGGCUAACUUUCUCCCAAGGCUUUCAUUGUCUUUUAAUCAAAUACACUGUAAAUCUCUAUUCAACAUUUCUCAAAUGAUCGGUUUCUGUCCUCGUAUAGAUUUAAACGUGAACACUUUAUAGAAAUGAAUGAAGUUGAGUUGGAAUCUCUGAAAUUGGAUAUAUUGUUGGUCAAUACAUAUUUUGUUUUCCCUUAAAUUUUGGAAACUUCACUGUACUGUAUUGCAAAUAUAAGGAUUUGCAAUGCAUAGGCCUACUUAAUGUCCUCUUUGGGGGUUUUAAGUGCAUAUUCACAAGUAGAAACAUGAGAAGUUAAUCAAUCCUCUUUCUGUAACAGUACACAUUAUUUUACACACAAAGUAACAGUCAGUGAUGCUCCUUGAAAUUUUAUUAAAUUUAAGAUCAUAAAAACAAGUUUUUACAAGCUUAUUAUAAAAGUAAUAUUGUUUUUUAUGCAAUUUAACUCUUAAUCAUGACAAUCAAUAUUAAUUUUAAAUUUGCUAGGUAUUAAGUGAUGAGAACUACAUAUUUUCAAAAAAAUCAAAACAACUAAUAUUAAGCCAAUCCAGUGGUUAAUUUUGGCAGACCAAGAAAAAUCAUUUAUUUCUUCAUUGAAUAUUAUGAUCAUUGGUCGGAAUAAAGAUUAUGUUUUUUAAAGACAUUAAAUGCUAUUUUAUUUAUGUUUCUUCAUUGAUUACAUCGGUGAGGAUUUUGGCAGGAUUUGAGGGCAUCUUCUCGUCCUUGUUCAGGGGCGGUAGAACAAUUGCAUUGGGUACUGGAAUGAAAGAAAUUUGAAAUGCCACAUGAUGAAGAGAGAUAGUAACCUUGUGGAUGAUUAGUAAACUACCAUAGAGUUAUUGAUUUGUCAUGAUGAUGAUCAUCAUCAUGAUCUUCAUCAUCAUGGUAGUUAAGCGAUAAUAUGGAUUAUGUUGAUUAGGAGAAUGGUGAUACUGACGGCAAUUGUAAUCAUAAUGCAUGCUGGUGAUGGUGAUGAUGAUUGUGAUGGUUAUGGCGAUGGUUGUACAGUCAGACCGCAGGUCCCUAUGCUAAUGAGCAAAAAGGCCAGAUUCAUCCAAAUCAUCUCGUGGCUGAAUCCUUGCAAAAUCUCGUAAUUCGUGAGAUUUUCUUUCUCUAAGAAUUUACCUGUUUUAACCUCAAGUUAAAUGAAAUAUUAUUGCACCAUCAGAUAGAGUAAAUGUUAUUCUUUCAUAUUGGUCAUUUAUUUUUUAUACAAUAUUUUGAUAAAUAAAUUUCUGGCUU